CGUCACUAGACAACCCGGAAGCGUCAAUUUCACCUCAAAGGACAGGGGCAUGACUCUGUUGCUCUCUUUAUAAAGUGGCAAUGGCAUGGGGAGUGGUGUUGAGGGGUUUCUUGCCUCUGUGUCUACGUCGACUUGCCUGCUUGACCACAAACACUUACAUGGGCGCAAGGAUUCGUCCAGUACGCACAGACCUGACGGUGCCAUGUCGCUACCCACUUUGGACAACACAUCCUGUAAGAACACUACAUAUGUGCCCUAACUUGUGUGCUGGCCAUAAUAAAUGGUCAAAGGUGAAAAAUAUAAAAGGACCCAAAGAUGCAGCCCGGAGUCGAAUGUUCAUGAAGUUUGGGAUGAUGAUAAGAAUUGCAGUCAAAGAAGGGGGAUCUAGUAACCCAGAAUUCAAUCUAGCAUUGGCGAAUGUAGUGGAGCAAUGCCGAGGCAAGAACAUGCCCAAAGUGUCCAUAGAAGCUGCCAUCAAAGGGGCGGAAAAGUCAAAGACAGGAACCCAGCACACGUAUGAAGCCAGGGGCCCUGGUGGCUGCAUGCUGCUCAUCGAUAUACUAACUGACAACAACACCCGAAGUCUCCAGGACCUCAGACAUCUGCUCAACAAACACGGGGCAGCGCUGUGCGACGGGGUGCGUCAUAACUUCAGCAGGAAGGGGGUGGUGGUGACGCAGGGGGAGGGUGUGUCGUCCGAGCGAGCUCUGGAACUGGCCAUCGAGGCGGGGGCCGAGGACUUCCAGGAGACCGAGGAUGAGGAUGAGAAGCCCCUCCUACAGUUUGUGUGUGACAUGACAGAGCUGAAGAAGGUGCGGACCUCGCUGGAAGAACUGGGGGUGCGCACUGUGUCCGCCGGCCUGGAGUUUGUUUCCCACACCCCCACGCAGCUUCCACAAGCUCAGCUGGAGGCAGCCUUAUCUCUGAUAGAAGCCCUGAGCGACUGCCUAGACGUGGUGCGGGUCUGGGACAACAUCCAGGCCCAGAGCUGACAGUCAUUAUGUAUUAUUGUCAUGUUACAUAUUAUGGACAUCUCACGUUAGACAAUAUUGCACGUUUGGACAUUGAAUUGAACAGACAAAUCUUAACACCAGAUCUGCUCAUCUAUGUACUGUACAAAAGUCAUGGUUGCAGUUAUUUUAAGAAGACACAUUGCACUUGUCAGUGCUAAAAAAAAAAAAUUCUCUGGAAGCUCGGGAGCAAGAGAAGUUGGACAGGAUUCAGACUUGAGAUCUGUGUGCUUAACUCAAAUUUUCAUGCAAGUCUCCUAUUGACAACAACAAAUAAGGAUUUACGUGAAAGUCUGAGUUGCAGGUGCUUAUUUCAACUCUGAAUCGGCCCGAUUGUGACUAGCAAGGAUUUUGUGUCAGGAAACCAUGUGACACUCAUGUGAACCUGCUUAAAGUCAAAACAACUAUCAUGUCCAAAUAAAACUAUUUAAUUUCU